GUUUGCUGCAGGUGCCAAGAUGAUGGGUCUUGAACCAGGAGUGGAAUGGUCUUUUGAUGAUUUCUCUAAAGUUCAUAAGGAAAGUUUACAAAAGCCAGAGUACAUGGCUGUUAUGCGAGAGCUCUUUAAUGCUACCUUUAUCAUGCUUGAUAAAGAUCGCAAAGGUUUUGUUACACCUAAUGAUUGGGAACAAGCUUUUAAGGUGUUUCGUUUCAAUGAUCCUUCUGAGGCCAAGACAGCAUUUGAUACAUUAGAUUUGGACAAGGAUGGUCAAAUUGGUUAUCAAGAGUUCAUGGACUGUAGUUUGGAGUUUUUCUGCUCAGAAGAUAAUAAACAUGGAAGUCUUGGAAUGCUUGGUCCUUUACCUUCAUAA